UCCGGCGGGGCAGGAAGCCGGAGCAGUAUUCCUGGUUGUUGUUGGUCCCGUCGGAGAAGAUGGCUCUGGAGACGGUGCCCAAGGACUUGCGGCAUCUGCGGGCUUGUUUGUUGUGUUCGCUGGUCAAGACCAUAGACCAGUUUGAAUAUGACGGUUGUGACAAUUGUGAUGCAUACUUACAGAUGAAGGGUAACCGAGAGAUGGUAUAUGAUUGCACCAGCUCGUCCUUUGAUGGAAUCAUUGCAAUGAUGAGUCCAGAGGACAGCUGGGUUUCCAAGUGGCAGCGAGUCAGUAACUUUAAGCCAGGUGUGUAUGCAGUAUCAGUCACUGGUCGCCUGCCCCAAGGAAUCGUGCGGGAGCUGAAAAGUCGAGGAGUGGCCUACAAAUCCAGAGACACAGCUAUAAAGACCUAGCAAGAUGCAGGACUGCCAGCAUCUUUGCUGUCCACUUCCUGCCUCUGCUUAUUUUUGCUAUGGAUCUAAAUGGGCAGAACUUGAAAUACUCCCCACCCUCCACCCCUGAGACUUAGCAAUUUGUUAAGAGAGCAGCCCAUCAUGUCCCUGAGCCAUUUUAUCAUUGGACUACCGAUAGAGAGGUGGGAGGGAUUUGGGUUGGUAGAUUAACAAGAGACUGAAUUGAGGGAAGAGUAGGAUGCUGGUUUUCCUACCCACAGCCCAGGGCUAUACCCUUGCCCACCAGUAGAACUCUGGGUCAAAUGCCAGUAAAUGUGAAACUCUAAAACAUUAUUAAGGUCAUACACCUGCCUUGCCUCCCUCUUCCUUUCUCUUAACUAGGCGCAAUAAGAUCUUGCUUGCCCUGUAGGCACCUUCUCAGAGCAGCAGAGGCCCUUCUGCCCAUUCUUUCCUGUCCUUGAGCCUGCAGGGUUGCAGCCUUUCCUAAUGUGCUUUCUUGGUUCAUAGGAAGGUUUGCUGUGCUCACGCUGGGUAGCCCCAUCAGCCUGGUAGUCCCACUAUCUAGUGGUUGUAUCCUUCUGCCCUCUAAACUGGGCACAACUGUGUCCCUUGAAGAAAUCUUGAGGCUUCUUAAUGUCUUUUGCCUCUUAACCAUGUUCACUAUUUCUUUUUUUCCUUCUUUGUUUUCUUUUUACUGUUCUUUGUAUACUUUAGGCUACUUACUCAUAUUUCACAUUCUUCUAUCUAGAGACCCUUAGGCCUUAGGUGGCUGCUGGGCCCUGGCCUGCCUUGUGUGUGUCUUCACAGGAGGUGGAUCCUUCCUUUCCUCUUGUGGCCUAGUAGGGAGCUUUGGGUAAUGUCACAUAAUUGGCGAAGGGGAGUUUAUUUGUUUUAGAAUAAAAAAAUUCACCAUAAA